CGAGGUCGCUGCUUGUUCUGGGGCUGGUGCUGAACGGAGAAGAACACAUUGACUUGAUCAAAGCAGAUUUACAACUGAGUCCCUGUUUGUUUUCAUGACAGGUCCUAUGUCUAAUAUUUAGACAUGAAGGACUUUGUACAUGUAGGGAAUCUUUGCCUCUUCAUUUCAUUACAAGUAUCUCUGAUAUUAGCAGCUAUAGACAAUGGAUGUCUACAAGGAGAAAUGGAAUAUAACGACAAGGAUAUUUGGAAACCGGAGCCCUGCCGAAUCUGUGUCUGUGACCUUGGAAGCAUCCUCUGUGAUGAAAUAAAUUGUGACCCUAUAGACUGCACUGAUGCUGAGAUCCCCUUAGGAGAAUGCUGUCCAAUAUGUCCUUCAUUUAUACCAGUAACAAGUCCUUAUGAUAAAUCCUGCACUGACUGCAAUCAGUAUGAUAACUCCUGCACUGACUGCAAUCAGGGCCCACCAGGUCUACCUGGUCCACCUGGAAACGAUGGAAUGCCUGGUGCUCCGGGACUUCCAGGACCUCCUGGAUCAUCAGCUGCAACCGGUUAUCCUUAUCAAUCAAAAUAUGGCAAUUAUGGCUCAAAAAAAACUUACGGCAAUCUUGCUUCUACUGGCCUUCCAGGCCUUCCGGGGAACAAUGGACCCCCAGGUCAUUCUGGACCAUCUGGUCCCCAAGGUUACACUGGCGCAACAGGUGAGACUGGACCUGCUGGUUCGAGGGGUCAACCGGGUCCUCAAGGUCCAUUUGGUCCUGUCGGACCACAAGGAAAGGAUGGUGCAUCUGGCAAGGCAGGAAAAGAUGGUACCUUAGGGCAACCGGGUCCUGCGGGCCGGAAUGGUUAUCCUGGAAACCCUGGCACACCUGGAAUGAAGGGACACAGGGGUUUCAAUGGACGUGGUGGUAGUAAAGGGGAAGCAGGACCACCAGGCACAAACGGUGAACGUGGCCCACCUGGAAACAAUGGCAUGACUGGACCAAUGGGGACUCCUGGUAGAACUGGUGAGAAAGGACGUGACGGGUUCCCUGGAACUGCUGGUGCACGAGGUCAUGACGGAACUCCUGGUAAAACAGGUCCAGCUGGAAUUCCUGGUACUUCUGGGCAUCCUGGUAAUCCCGGUAGUCCAGGCCGCAAGGGUGACAAUGGGGAGAAAGGUUCUCCAGGUACCAAUGGUAAUUCUGGACCUAGGGGUUCACCAGGUGUUAAUGGCGGUGAUGGAAAGCCAGGCUAUGGGGGGAAACCUGGAAAAGAUGGAUUGCGUGGGGCAGCAGGGCUUCCGGGUCACCCUGGCACUCCUGGAAAUCCUGGAGCUCAAGGUCCAGUUGGUCAUCCAGGUAAACCAGGAAACAAUGGCCUUUCCGGUGCUCGUGGUUUACCAGGUGAAUCUGGAAAACCAGGUCCAUCAGGUCAACCUGGAGAAAGGGGUGAAGCCGGUGCAUCUGGAGGUCCUGGUCUCUCUGGCCCUGCUGGUAACGAUGGGAAACCAGGCCCACCUGGUGAAAUUGGGCCAGUGGGACUGACCGGUCUGCCUGGCAUGAAAGGUACACCUGGAAAUCAAGGCUAUCCGGGUCAAACUGGCCCUACUGGAGAAAAGGGUCUAUCAGGAGAAACCGGCCCACCAGGACCUGUUGGCCCUAGAGGAUCUCAUGGCGAAGCAGGUCGAAAUGGAGACCCUGGCAUUCCUGGACAUCGGGGAGCUUCAGGUGCCCCCGGCAAACCUGGUCCCGAUGGCAAACCUGGUCCACAGGGUCACUCUGGAGACCGAGGUCUUUCAGGCCCACCUGGAUCUCCUGGAGAAAGGGGAUCAUCAGGUGUCAUGGGUUUUCCUGGUCCAUCGGGCAGAGAUGGAGGGCCUGGUCAGGACGGUAAGGAUGGUCCUCGUGGAUUGCCGGGUGGUUUAGGUCAAGAGGGUGCCGUAGGAAAAUUUGGAGAGAAGGGUCCUGCAGGUGCUUCCGGGGAACCUGGUCCAACUGGUGAAAGAGGCGGUAUUGGCAUUCCAGGCCCACCUGGAUUUCAGGGACCUACUGGUCCUAGAGGUGAUGCUGGUGAAUCCGGAAAACCUGGUGACAAGGGCCAGCCUGGUGAACAUGGUGCUCCGGGACAACCUGGAUCAAAAGGUGAUGUAGGUUCAGCAGGUAAACAUGGACCCCAAGGUCCAAUGGGGCCUGCUGGGAUACCAGGCCUUCAAGGCGGACGUGGAUUAGAUGGAGCCAAGGGCUUAGCCGGGCCUGGAGGUCCAAUAGGCCCAAUGGGUCCUGCAGGAUUUCAAGGUAUGCCAGGUGAAAGAGGUACUAACGGUUUACCCGGCCAAAAAGGUAUAAAGGGUGAACCAGGUUCAUCGGGUUCUGUUGGUUUACCGGGAACAGAUGGCAUUGCAGGCUCACACGGUCCCAUGGGUUUGCAAGGUCCUCCAGGUAGCCCAGGAGAAAGGGGAGGGAUUGGUUCAAGUGGCCCUCCUGGACCUGCUGGAUCUCGAGGUGGUCAUGGUGAACGAGGAGAAACUGGUCCAGGUGGCCGGAGUGGAUUUCCUGGACUUCCUGGUAAUGAUGGACAAACUGGUUCUAAAGGUUCAGAUGGCGGACCUGGUCCAAAAGGUGAAAAUGGAUCUCCUGGUUCUGCAGGGGCAAACGGACCUCCUGGUCCAUUGGGCCAUUUUGGGAAAACGGGUCCAAAGGGUGCACAGGGAUUACCAGGCUAUCCUGGUGGUCCUGGUGGGCCUGGUAUUCCUGGACCCAAUGGUUCUCCUGGUAUAGAUGGGAAAUUUGGUUCUACUGGCUUACGAGGCCCAGCAGGUAAAGAUGGUUCACCUGGUUCAGCAGGUAAACCAGGCUCCGAUGGUGCAACUGGACCAACUGGUUACAAAGGGGAACCUGGUUCCCCAGGUCUAGUAGGUCAGCCUAGCGAAAGUGGUCCUAAAGGCGACAUUGGAAUGCCAGGCCCUUCAGGCUUGGUAGGAAAAGUAGGCCAAACAGGGUUUCCUGGUAGGUCAGGAAAAGAUGGUCAAAUGGGGAAUAAUGGUCCACCUGGUGAGGCUGGGACAGUUGGUAAGCCUGGUCCUAAUGGUGAACGAGGUGCAGUAGGUCUAAGGGGACCAGCAGGCAUGAAUGGACACCCUGGUCAAUCUGGCCAUGAUGGUGGUCCUGGUCCAAGUGGCUCUCCUGGCCAAGAAGGAAGCCCUGGUAAUAAAGGUGAACGUGGUGAGCCUGGGUCAGCAGGGCACAUUGGUCAACCGGGAAGUCCAGGAGGUCCUGGUCAAUCUGGUGCACCUGGAAAACCUGGUGAUAAAGGUUCAUCGGGGACUCCAGGUACACAUGGUCCUCAAGGUCCAUCUGGGCCAGCUGGACAUUUGGGCCCACCUGGUUUACGUGGUGAAAAGGGUGAAACUGGACCAUCUGGUAUGAAUGGCAUCAAGGGUCACCAAGGCCACCCUGGGCCGGCAGGUAUUCGAGGGCUUCCAGGUUCAGCUGGGGAAUCAGGUUUGCCUGGAAACCCUGGAGGUCAAGGUCCAAGAGGUCCUCCGGGUUCAAAUGGCUCUCCUGGCAAGGAGGGGACCAAUGGCUAUCGUGGCAUGAUGGGUCCUCCUGGUUCACGUGGAACAAAAGGAGAAGCUGGUCCCACUGGUCCUCCUGGUAAUCAUGGUCCAGCAGGCCAUCCUGGCCCACAGGGUCCUCCUGGGCCCUGUUGUACAGGACUAGGAAUCGAACAACAGAAGGGUGGUGGGUAUGACUAUGGAGGCUAUUUUAGCGAUCAGCCUGGUAAACCUGCCACGAUGAAGGUUGAAGACAUAAUUGCUGCUCUGAAAUCUCUAAACAGCCAAAUGGAAACUCUGCUGAGUCCGGACGGAUCACAAAAAAGCCCAGCGCCCAGUUGCAGAGAUUUAAAGAAUUGUCAUCCAGAAUUCAAGAGUGGGGAGUACUGGAUUGAUCCUAAUCAAGGCUGCAAGACAGAUGCCAUCAAGGUGCACUGCGACAUGGAUACCGGUGUGACCUGUGUGUCUUCCAACCCCAGCAAUGUCCCUCGUAAGAACUGGUGGGCAAACCAUAAUAGUCACAGCAAGAAGCACGUGUGGUUUGGCGACUCCAUUGAUGGUGGUUUCCAUUUUAGCUAUGGUGACCCCUCUGUGUCAGAAGAUAUUGUUGAAAUCCAAAUCGCAUUCCUUCGAAUUCGAUCUUCCCGAGCUUCCCAGAAUAUCACCUACCACUGUAGAAACAGUAUUGCUUACUUGGACUACAAGAAUGGAAAUGUAAAACAAGCUAUAAAACUGAUGAGCUCGGCUGAUGUUGAACUCAAAGCUGAAGGAAACAAUAAGCUCACUUAUAAUGUCCUGGAAGAUGGAUGUGCUAACCACACAGGAGAAUGGGGCAAGACAAUCUUCGAGUAUCGAACACGGAAAACUGUUCAUCUGCCAAUUGUUGACAUUGCACCUUUCGAUAUUGGUGGAGAGGAUCAGGAAUUUGGUGUUGAGAUUGGGCCUGUCUGCUUCUUGUAACACUGAAGACAGUUUGAACAAUUGAUUUCCAGCACGCAACCAAAAAAGGGCUGAUUCCUAACGACCCUGCACUUACUUGCUUAUGUUUGAAGCUACCAGGACGACGUUCUAAAUCACUUUAUUAAUUUGAUAAAAAUUAUAGAAUAUAUCAGACAAUGGAAUAAAAACAAAUGUCACAUGUGUACAAAUAACUACUGCUGUCUGCUGUUGACACUGGGGUGAAAUCAGGUUCAAUAAUUCAGUGCACCAAACAUUCCCAGUAGCAGAUUUGAUCUGGCCCUUCUUUCUUAUUAAGAAAGUAGCCGCAUUUAAAACUUACCCAGCUUCAACUACCUCGGCAUGGACAGAAACUGGGAUAAGUUUGAUGCUCCCAAGAAAACAUUGCACUAAAAAUCUAAAGCCUCAAUCUCUGGAUACAGAGCUAAUUGUUUCCAGUAGCAAUAAAUCUGAGGAUGAUUCAAGGUGAAAUGCAACAAGUGAAAAUGUGCUCCUUCAUUGUUGUUGCUGGCAGCAGACUAAAUGCAAGAGUAAUUGUUUGAAGUACCUGUAAUUAACUCUGUGCUCAGCCUUUUGUCCACUGGUGCUUGCAUUCUAGAGGCAAUAUUGCCUUAAAAACUGGUGCUAUUUUAAGUAUGACCCACUAAAAUGUUGAUAUCGGACUUAUCAUUUCCAGCGUCUGUGGUAAUAAUUUUUCAUUGGUCUCAAAAUGAUGAAUCAUUUUCAUUUAUUCGCUGGUCUUUGCAAGGUCAGUGGGUUUGCAAGCCUUUACCAAGUUAAAAGGGUUCAUCCUUUUUUGAUUCAAAUAUGUAACAUGGAAUCAGGUAUUUUCUAUUAUAGUGUUUUGAAUACU